UGAAAUGGCCGCGCCCUUCUCGGCCUCAUGGUGGGGCGGGGUUGCGCCGCUUUCGGCUCUUAGCGCCAAAUUCAAACACGCCGCCAUUUUGAAGGAACUGUGGGCAGGUGGGGGGCCGUAGGGCCGGCGCGGAUUAUGGCUCCCGGCACAAGAGAUUUACGUGAUUCUGCAGUGCCUUUGCUGAACUCACCUAGUGUUGAAGGGGAUGCUAUCAAGGUUUACGUAAGAGUACGUCCCCCUUCAGAGGGAACUGCAUUAACUGAUGGAGAUCAAGGCUUGUGUUUAUCUGUUCUUUCAUCAAACACCAUCCGUCUGCAUUCAAAACCUGAGCCGAAGAUCUUCACUUUUGAUUAUGUUGCAAAUAUGGAAACAACACAGGAGUCAGUGUUCUCAAGUGUGGCCAAAAGUAUUGUUGAAUCAUGUAUGAAUGGCUACAAUGGAACCAUCUUUGCAUAUGGCCAGACUGGAUCAGGAAAAACUUUUACUAUGAUGGGACCAUCUGAUUCUGAUAAUUUCACUCACAGUCUGAGAGGUGUAAUUCCACGGAGCUUUGAAUACUUAUUUUUUCUAAUUGAACGUGAGAAAGAAAAGGCUGGCAGUGGAAAGAGUUUUCUCUGCAAAUGCUCUUUUAUUGAAAUCUACAAUGAGCAGAUAUUUGACUUGCUAGACUCUGCUUCAGCUGGACUCUUUCUUAGAGAGCACAUCAAGAAGGGGGUCUUUGUUGAUGGUGCUGUUGAACAGGUGUUGUCAUCUGCUGCUGAAGCAUACCAGGUAUUAACUAUGGGCUGGAGAAACCGUCGUGUGGCAUCAACCUCAAUGAACAGAGAAUCUUCAAGGUCGCAUGCAGUUUUCACGAUCACAGUGGAAUCCAUGGAGAAAAACAAUGAUAUUGUUAACAUUCGUUCUUCCCUUCUCAACCUGGUAGACUUGGCAGGGUCUGAGAGACAAAAAGACACCCAUACAGAAGGGCUGAGAUUGAAGGAAGCAGGUAACAUAAAUCGAUCACUAAGUUGCCUGGGCCAAGUUAUCACAGCACUUGUUGAUGUGGGUAAUGGAAAACAGAGACACAUUUGUUAUCGGGAUUCCAAGCUCACUUUUCUGCUACGGGAUUCCCUUGGUGGUAAUGCAAAAACAUGUAUAAUUGCAAAUGUCCAUCCAGGAUCCAGGUGUUUUGGUGAGACACUGUCAACCCUUAAUUUUGCUCAGCGAGCAAAGUUGAUUAAAACAAGGUAAACAAGCACCUCAGCUGUGGUGAAUGAAGACACACAAGGAAACGUGAGCCAGCUGCAAGCUGAAGUCAAGAAGCUGAAAGAGCAACUUGCUCAACUUACAUCAGUGCCAUCUAUGCAUGAUAUUUCUGUAUCACAAGAUGCUGCUGAAAAGGAAAAAAAUACAAAUUACAUUAACAACUUUAUUGAAGCAAUGUUGUUCUGGGAGAAAUCAGAAUGUGAGAAGAAGAAUUUACUAGAAAGAAUUGCUCAGCUAGAAGACUUGUGUGCCAAGAAGGAGAAAUUUAUUCAGUCCAAUAAAAUGAUAGUCAAAUUCCGUGAAGACCAUAUUGUUCGCUUGGAGAGAUUGCAUAAAGAAGCUGGUGGAAGUUUAUUGCCAAAAGAGCAAGAAGAUCUCCUCAGUGAAUUGAGGGAGGAAUUGCAGACCCUCAGAGAACAGAUGGAACAACACCCACGAAUUGCCAAGUAUGCCAUGGAGAAUCAUAACCUCAGAGAGGAGAAUAAAAGACUUCGUUCUCUACAAUCAGUGAAAAAAGCCCAGGAAGUUGACGCUCAGACUAUUGCAGAACUAGAAAAGGCUUUUUUGCAAGCUUCAGCCACAGAGAAAAAUACUGGAGGUCAGCACGUGUAUUCUAGCACCAUAUUAGCCGAAGGCAACUCUCUGGCAUCUGUUGAGAAGCUGAAAGCACGCCUGCUACAAACUCAGAGUGAACUGGCGAGUUCGAAACAAGAAUAUGAAGAAUUUAAAGAGCUAACCAAGAAAAAGCAUAUGGAACUGGAAUCAGAACUUCAGUCCUUGCAGAAAGCAAACCAGCACCUUGAAAACAUUUUGGAAGCGACCAAAGCACACAAACGCCGAGAAGUGUCUCAGUUGCAUAAGCUGCAUAGAGAAACUCUUAAGAACAUAACUACUCCAACAAAAGCAUACCAGCUAAGGUCUCGCCUUGUGCCACGGAUAAGCCCAGAGAUCUCAGAUUUUCAUUCUGAAGAUCUUGAGUGUUGCAAAGAGAUGAUGGAUGACAUUUUUAAAGAGCCUGUUCCCCCAGAGAUGAAUGAACAAGCAUACGAGGCCAUUGCAGAGGAACUCAAAAUGGCACAGGAACAACUGAGCACAAUGCAGACAAAGCUGGAUGAAGAAGAAAGCAAAAAUAUAAAACUCCAGCAACAUAUUAAUAAACUGGAACAUCAUUCUGCACAAAUACAGGAGCUUCUUUCAUCUGAAAGGAAUGACUGGAGUAAGGAGCGUGAGGAGCUACUUGAGCAGAUAAAACUGCUUGAAAAGCAAUUUCAGGAUGCUCAAAGCAAGGCUGAUAUAUUAAAAAGUGAAGUCCAUGACUUACGCAUUGUCCUGCAGUCUGCAGACAAGGAGCUGUCUGCUGUAAAACUGGAAUAUAGAGCUUUUAGGGAAAAGCAAGAGAAGGAAAUGAGUCAGCUUUCUGAUAGACAUAUGGAUGUCCAGUUCAAGCUGGACAGUGUCAGGCUAGAAUAUGAAAAGAAUCUUGAAGAAAAAGCAAGCCUUCAGGAUGACUAUGACAAUUUGCAAGAGGUGACAAAGUUUGAGACAGAUCAGCUGAAGCAACAGCUUGAGGACAGACAACAAGAAACUGAAGCAAUGAAAACUGAGCUCUGUAACCUAUUAAAACUCCUGGAAGCAGAAAAAGAACAUAAUCAGAAACUAAGAUUACAAUUACAAGAAGACAAAGAAAAUUCAAAAGAGCUCUUGAAAGUACUUGAAAAAGCACAAGUGGAGAAACCAUCAUCUGAAAUGCUGACGCGAUGUGAACAGCAGGAUGAAAAACUGCAGAAAUUGGAACAGGAGUUGGCAGCUGCUGAAGAGAUUAUUGUUUCUUUGAAGAAGACAAAUGAUGCAGAUAAGGAAGUUGUAACUGACUUGAUGAGACAGAUCCAGGAGUUGAGGUCUUCAAUUAAUCAUAAAACUGAAUCCAUAGAUGGGCUAACAAGAGAGCUGGAGGAUAUAAAUUGCAAGUAUAAUUUUGUUCUGGCUGCAAAAGAAGAAAGCAAAGGAAUCAUAGAGGAUCAGGAGAAGAAGAUUGAAGAACUGAGGGAAGCCUUGGAGAGAAGACAAAUGGCAGAUAAUGUUGAGAGGGACCUUCUGUGUGAAGAAUUGCAUCACACCUCUGAUCAGCUGAUAAGACUGACAGAGGCCUCUAAGAAACAUGAUGCAUUGCUUCAGUGUGCACAGCAAGACAUAACAGAGAAAGAAGCUUUAAUCCAGGAACUCAGAGAACAGUUGGACAAAAUGACAGAAGAACUAGAGAAGAGGAAGAGUGAAUAUGAAUUCAAGAUGAAGCAAAUAGAUAGCUUUUUCGUGGACUCAUCUACAGUAACGUUUCCUCAGUGUCCAAAAACUCCUCCUAAUUUUGAUGUGAAUUUGGCAAAAAUCUUAGAGACCCAUGAGCAAGAAAUAGCUGAUAGGAGGGCUUCUACAAUCACUCUAGAGCACCUUGUACAUGAACUGAAUGAAGAACGAAGGGCUAAAAAUGAUGAGAUUCUACGGCUGAAGGAACAAUUAAAUGAACUGGAGAGCUUACGUUUGGAAAUGCAGAUAUUGGUGGAAAACAACAGGAAUUUACAGAGUCAACUUACAGAAGCUCAGAAACUAAGCAAGAACAGUGAUCAGAAACACACUGAUGUUCAGCAGCUCCAAGAGAAAGAGGAGGAGAUUGCUGAAGAACGACGGGCAAAGAACAAAGCAAUGGAGGAGAUGCUGAAAAUCAAAGCAGAAUUAGAAGAGACCAAAAAUACUCUCAGAAUCAGAGAGAAUACCUGUCUUGAAAUGACUCUGGAGAUGGAGCGAACAAGAGCUUUGGAGCUGAAGGCGUUUCAUGAAAAAGAAGAAAUUAGAUCAAAAUUGGAAGAAACAUACGAAGAGAGAGAUAGAAUUGGAAAGGAAAUAGACAUGCUGAGGAAGCAAGUUGACUCUCUUGCUGAGGAGAAUGGGAAACUACUUGGUCAUCAAAACGUAAACCAGAAGAUUCAGUAUCUUGUGAAACUGAAGAAAGAUUACACUAAACUUACUGAGGAGACUGAAAAACUGCGAGCUGAAAAUGCCUUUUUGAAAGAAACUAAAAGAUGUGACGUAUGUAGACAUCAUGAUCAGUUAUAAUGGCACAAAUCUGCAAAGCUGUAUUUUUAAAAUGUACAGCAUAAGCAAAAGCUUGACUUUUGUUGUUGUCUCUGAAUGUUGUCAGCUGUAUUCAGUACAAUUACAUACUCCUUAGAUUUAUUUUUUUUUUUUGCUGGUAACAACUUUUAGUGAGGAAUUUUCUCAGUUAAAUGGGCAGCUCUCAUUGGUGUUUCAAUACCUCCCUGUUGAAGAGGCUCUGUGGCUCUUCAAAAACUGAUUUUAUAUAGGUGCUAACAGACACCUUCUUGAAUUGUUUUAUCUUGUCAAGGAGAAGCUUUCUCUCUGGGAACAUGCCUGGAUUCUUCAUUCCUUUCGCGCUUCUGUUCGGUUCCUGCUGGAAUUUCUGAAAUGCUGCGUUUUCCACCUGAGCUGAAUUUUAAAAAGCACAAUUCUUAAGGUCUUUUUAACCUAAGCGUAGUAUGUUUUUACUAGGUGAACAUAAACUUGUCAGAUGGAACAACCCAUAAGCUUCAACAGUUGUUUAAAAACAACUCUCAAAUUGAAGUUUGCUCGAUAAAGCAGGAAUGUGUAUGUAAUAAUAGAUUUGUAAAUAGCACCAUACAUUUCUUUUGCCUUUAUUCUUCUCUUUCUCUGAUUGAAAUUAAAAUGCUUCGAAAAACUAGUAUGUUUUUAAGUUAGUUUUUAUCAGUCUGCAUUCUGUAUUAGUACUGUAGGCAAUGCAUUCUAAGCGAUUUACAACCAUUCUGUGCUCAAACAGAAGAUAGAAAUGUGAUGAGAAACGUGAAGCAGGAGCGUGGCGUAAGGCCAUUUAAUCACACGUACUGUAAAUAAGCGAAACGUUUCUUAGCAGAACGCAACGCAUCGAUCUAGGUUGUGACAGACAGCACUCGUCUUUUUAGUGGAUUCUACGGUCAGUAACGCCACCCUCUUUGUCCAGGGUAGCCACAAAGCUUUCUGCCCCCAGAUAGGGCUAAGGAGAACAGAGCCGCCCGCGGCACGGCCAGCUGGAGUAUCGGGAGCACCGCCGAGCUGUACGUCUGCGUCUGUACUACUAAAGCUCUAUCGGUACGGCGUCCUUUCUAAAUAAAACCUUUGUACACAAACGUC